AUGCGCGUCGCCGCCUUGCUCGGGGCCGCGCCCGGUAUCGCGAGCCAUGCGCGGAGAUGUCGUACUCCGGGAUCGAUCAGAUGGGUCGCCGCGGCGCAUGCGCAGACGACGGAGGAUCCAGCGGUGCCGGAAGACCUUCUCCUCAGAGUACGGGAGAAGGGCGCGCAUCUCGAUAGACCGUGGAGCCUUACCUACCUCAGGAACCGUGGUAAGGUGACCAGGGCCCAAAAAGAGGCGUGGAGGACCCUGUGGCCUCAGUACGGCAUCGAUGUUCAGACCCACGCCGGCGGCGGUGGGCCACCUCCGAGGCUCGACUUCCGAGAGGUCUUCGCGGACAGGCCAGAAGCGCCGCUGGCUCUGGAGGUCGGGUUCGGUCUCGGGCACUCGCUGAUGGAGAUGGCCGCCGCCCACCCCGACAAGAACUUCGUGGGCGUUGAGGUUCACAAGCCUGGCAUCGGCGCCGCGCUCCAGAAGAUCCAGGCGCGACGAGACGAGUUAGGAGAUGGUUGGGUCGACAACGUCAGGGUCGUGAGGAUGGAUGCGCUCUGGCUCGUUCGGGAUUUCAUCCCCCGCGAGUCCCUCUCGGAUGUGUGCGUGUAUUUCCCGGAUCCGUGGUCGGACGCUCAGGCGCACAGGCGCAUAGUCAACCCGUUUCUCCUCGCGCUCAUCGAACCGUGCAUGGCCAAAACCGGGGGUCGGCUGCAUCUCAGCACGGACGAUGACUCUUACGCUGAGCACAUGUUUCGGGUUAUGUCCGAGGCUGAGUCAAGCGGCAAAUGGGAGAAGGUCGAUGAGGCGCUGCUGGGUCGGUCGGGAUCCACCAAGUACGAGGAGAGGGGGCGCGCGCUGGGCAGCGAGAUUCGCAACUUUUGCUACCGGUACGUCGGUAGUCCGUAG